UACUCUGGUAAAUGGCUGCCAGGAAAGAUGAGCGGAUGGGCCGCGUCUUCUAGCUGUGAAGCACACCCAUCUGGCGGACCGUUAUCUCGGGCGGUGCCGAGUUAAAAUGGUCGAUAAACGACCAGCCAGGCACCUGAAAUCACUUUUUCAUAGUUUCGAACAUCGUCCUUGAAGGAGCGCUCGCCAUCAACGUCUCCUCUCUCCGAGGUCAGUUCCGCCUGCCGGUCAGAGUUUAACCCGAGGCCAUGGCGGUGAAGGACCGCGUAGAAGCGGUGCUCAACGUGGGCCUGCGCGUUCCCAGCAUCAUGCUGCUCGACGUCCUGUAUCGCUGGGACGUCAGCUCCUUCUUCCAGAAGAUCCAGCGCUCCAGCCUCUCCAACAACCCUCUGUUUCAGUACAAAUAUCUGGCUCUCUACCUGCACUACGUAGGUUACAUCCUGAGCCUGGUGCUGCUGACGCUGCCUCGUCAGCACCUGGUGAAGCUCUACCUGUACGUUCUGACGGCCCUGCUGCUCUUUGCUGGUCACCAAGUCUCCAGGGAUUAUGUUCGCAGCGAACUGGAUUCAGGCCACGAAGGACCUGUCUACCUGGAACCACUUUCCAUGAACAGAUUCACCACUGCACUCAUAGGUCAGCUUGUGGUGUGCACUCUCUGCUCCUGCGUGAUGCAAACCAAGAGGAUCUGGCUUUUCUCGGCGCACCUCCUCCCACUGGUGGCCAGGCUGUGUCUGGUGCCCCUCGAGACCAUCGUCUUCAUCAAUAGGUUUUCAAUGAUCUUCACAGGCCUGGAGGUCAUUUACUUCCUGGCUACUAACUUACUGGUGCCAUAUAACCUGGCCAAGACCGCCUACAGGGAGCUCGCUCAGGUGGUAGAGGUGUAUGGGUUGCUUGCUUUAGGCAUGUCCCUGUGGAACCAGCUGGUUCUUCCAGUGCUCUUUAUGUGUUUCUGGCUGGUGCUGUUCGCUCUUCAGAUCUACACCUACUUUAGCACCAGAGACCAGCCUACCUCCAGGGAGAGGCUCCUUUUCCUCUUUCUUACAAGUAUCGCGGAGUGUUGUAGUACACCGUACUCUCUGCUGGGUCUGGUUUUCACCGUCUCCUUCAUCGCACUGGGAGUUCUCACACUCUGCAAGUUCUACCUGCAGGGCUACAGAGCCUUCGUCCACGACAACGCCAUGCACAGAGGAAUGACUGAAGGCAUCACGCUGCUUAUCCUUGCUGUGCAAACCGGUUUGAUAGAGCUGCAGGUCAUCCAUCGAGCCUUCCUCCUCUCAAUCAUCCUCUUCAUUGUAGUUGCUUCCAUUCUGCAAUCCAUGCUGGAGAUCGCUGACCCCAUCGUUUUGGCUCUGGGAGCCUCCAGAGAUAAGAGUUUGUGGAAGCACUUCCGCGCCGUGUCUCUUUGCCUCUUCCUGCUGAUCUUUCCCGCUUACAUGUCCUAUAUGAUCUGUCAGUUCUUCCAUAUGGACUUCUGGCUUCUCAUCAUCAUCUCUUCAUCUAUCCUCACCUCACUUCAGGUUCUCGGUACUCUGCUCAUCUACGUUCUCUUCAUGGUGGAGGAGUUUCGUAAAGCUCCAGUGGAGAACAUGGACGAGGUUAUUUACUGUGUUAACGGGACCUACAGGCUGCUGGAGUUUCUGGUGGCAGUGUGUGUUGUGUGCUAUGGCAUAUCAGAGACUGUAUUUGGCGAGUGGAGUGUGAUGGGCAGCACCAUUAUUCUGGUCCACUCCUACUACAACGUUUGGCUCAGAGCCCAGCUGGGCUGGCAGAGCUUCCUGCUCAGGAGAGACGCCGUAAACAAGAUCAAAAGCCUCCCAACCGCGACCGACGCGCAGCUGGAGCAGUAUAAUGACAUCUGUGCUAUCUGCUUCCAGGACAUGAACAGUGCAGUGAUCACUCCCUGCAGCCAUUUCUUCCACGCUGGCUGCCUGAAGAAAUGGCUGUACGUGCAGGAGACGUGUCCCCUUUGUCACGCCCAACUCAAGAGCCAAUCACCAGCCAGCGGAGUUCCCAACCAAGACAUCCCCGCAGCCGACCCGAGCCCUGCUGGACAGGAAGGAGCCGCUGCCGACGAUCAGGAGGAGGACUCCGCUUCUGACGACGUAAAAGAGGGACAUGAUGGAAGCGCCGCGUUGGCUGAAGAAACCCCCUCGUCUUCUGGCACGCCCUCUGCUCCUGUGCACCUCGUCACGCCUCUGUCAUCAUCAUCAUCAUCAUCCUCAUCUUGUUCCUCCACCUCACCUGUGGCUGAUUCCACGGAGAAGCAGCCGCUAACAGAUCAUCCAUCCACAUCCCCCUGCUCUACCUCUGACGCGCCUGACAUUUCCGCCGAUCCCCGAUUGCACCCCCACAUGGUCGCCCCCUCCAUCCUUCCCCAGUCGUCCUCCUCUUCCUCCUCCCCACAGGUACCGACUCCUGUAGAGGUGACCCCCGCCGACCUGCAGGAGAUCCACUGAUCCAACGUUUCACACCGAACAGCCCAUCUGCCCUUCCUCCUCCUCCUCCAAGCUCAAGCAGAGCUCCAGCGCCACACACACACACACACACACACACACACACACACACACACACAUAAUAUAUAUGCAUGCACCUAGAAACAGCAUCUCCACACUUCCCCUUCCUUUAUUCUUCCUUUAGGCUUUUACAGUGAAGUCCAACUUCCUCAUAUCCAGGGUUCCUACGCAGUUUUGAAAAGGAUGGGAUUCGAUGUCACAUUUUUUCAGUUUUGUUCCGUAUAUAUAAAAAGGAAAUGAGGUUUUAGGAAGCAUUAAUAUUUCCAGACUUUAUUCCCUUCAACUCAAUAUUCCAAAGUCUCUAAAACGAGCUGGUCCAACCAGAUUCCAUCUUUGUUUACUUCCCCGUAUACAUCAGCUGUUUCUUCAUCCGCCAAAGGAUGAAAAUGUCUUGGAGAUGAGUGCAUGUAUGCGAAUAUAGAUGAUGGAUGGACUGCUGUUGGAUAAUGGGGCGGAUAAAGGGAAACGCUGGGAACAAUCGACUGUCAACUGGUUCAGAAAACAAAAGAAAAACAUUUUCAUUUCUCUUAUAUUUAUUUCUUAGCUUAAAGUAUUUAGAUUUUUUUUUUUGCCACCUGCUUGCAAUUUGCACAUUUAAAGCCUUCCCAGUGUAACAUUUAAUGGAAGUAGUUCACUAGUUGUAUGGAUGGGGGAUGUUGGCCUAGAAUAAAAUGUUCUUGGUGUUUAGGGGUAUUUUCUUGCAGUACUCUUAAAGCUGAUGAUAAAAAGUAUUUUUAGAUUCUUUUUCGCAAAUUUGUUACUACAAACAGUCAAGGAACACAUCAGCAUAAAAACUACUGUAGAAGUGACACCAAAUAUCAAAUAGGUUACCACAGCAAGACUUACAUUAAGUUGUGCUUUUGUACCGUUACACAGCACACACAAACUUCAAUCGUAUUUUUUAAAUAUAUUGACAUAUAUUGAUGCUCAUAUUCAACCAGCAGUAAGAAAACAAAAAAAACCUCAGCAUGUUCUUAGCUUUUGGGGUAAAUUUCUUAUCGCAGUGAUCUGAUUGGCCAACAACAGUAAAUGAGAUGAUUGUCCGUCCCUAAUUCAGACAUUAAAGACGAAAACUAAACAAAGAAAUGUAGAUAAGCUCUCAGCUGAAAACUGCUGAGGAACCCUGCAUAUCGGUUUCCGACAGGAAGAGUAACUCAGUCCUUUAUGCCUAGGUUUAUUAUUCAGUGCUGAAAACAUAAAUGACUGGUUACACACAUCUAUCUAAAUUCUGGUACUUUUAUCAUGAAACGGUUACCUGCAUCUAUCCCCCGUCGACUCAUGCUGCAAAUGAUUUCUAUCACAAAGAAUGUUAAAGUGAUCCAUCUCAGAAGUACUUCCUGCUUCUACAUCGUGUCUACAAAAUGUGAAAUCUUUUAGGACAAGUUAUCCCUGACUUUAUUCCAUAUUUUUUUUUUUCCCCCCAUCAACGAAACCCUACUGUUCGACUCCCUCAAAGCGGUCCCGUUUACUCGGUUUUUGUCCUCCCCCGCCUCCCUGUGUGCAGCCGUCCUCUCAUCGCUGCACACGUUGGAUUUAUCUGAUGUCCCGUAGGCGCCAUGACACGGAGAGGCGAUCAGAGGCGGAGACAGCUACGAAUGACAAUGGAUAACUUAAUAGUUGCAUUUUUAAACUGUGACAGUCUUAACAUUUCAGAAACAUUACAAGUUUUUUUUUUUUUUUCGUUUUUCUCUCAUUCAGAUUGACAUUUUGGUUUAACUGCUGAGUGACAGUGGUUGUGAGUAUUGGUGAAAACCAAGAAUUAACCGAUACUGAAUGUCGUUUCCGGUGGCCAUCACAUGACCCGAAGCCUGGUGCUAAGCAGAGGACACGCCAUGUGAUCUAGGCCGUUCGCUUCUAUGUGAACUAAUCAGUGGCUUCACAUGGGACGUCGAAUUCAUUUUGUAUGUCGAAGCUUUUUUGCUAUAACACCUCUUCAAUGUUUGAAUCCAAUUUGCAUGGCUGGUCCGAGCAAAAAAAAA